AUGGAGUGUCCUGAGCUCACUGGCAGCGAGUCCUCUGAAAGCCCCACUGAUUCGUGCUUCACCAAUGGAGGGGCCUUCACUCCACCGUCGCCGUGUCAGGAUGCAAAGGAUCUGACUCUAACUGAAAGUAGUAUGCCUGCAUACUCACCUUUCUCCGGCCUGUCGCCAUUGUCUGGCUUCGGCGACAGUUGUUUCAACAUGGACCCGUCCUCAUCCUGGUCCGAACAGCCUGCAACAGUCUCCUGCAACACGACACCUCAGUACAAUUCUUCUAUGUGGCCAUGCUCUCAGUAUGCUUCAGCUCAGCCACACUUGAAUCCCACUGGCCGUAUUCCGGUCAUGCCUACCCAGCCUCAAGGCGACGGGUUGUUUGCGUCUUCGAUGUUCCAAGAGAUGCUCCCCAUGACUGUGCCACAUCCUUCGUCGAACAUUGCGCCAUCGCUGGAGCAAAACAUGCCAACCAGCUUCGUGGGCUAUGGAGCAGAAGGACUUGUCGCUCCUGGACAUCUCUCCAACACCACGCUGGACAAAUUCGCCUUCGUGGACACAAAGCCUGUGCUCUUCUCUACGCAACCUGAGGCUGAGGACAUUCUUGCAUUCGAGCCUCUCCCUAGUACAAACGAACUUGGAGUGCCGUCUCAGACAGUAGAGCAACCAGUCAGAUAUGUUCCCGAGAUAACUCGCAACGACAGAGAUGAGUAUCUUCAAGAAGCUCGUCGACGUGGUCUGUCCUACAAGGAGAUCAAACGUCGUGGUGGCUUCACCGAAGCAGAGUCCACUCUGCGUGGUCGCAUUCGUAUCCUAUCCAAGCCCAAGGAGAUGCGUGUCAGGAAGCCACAGUGGAAUCGCUCAGAUGUAUGUCAAUAUGCUCGCUCUGUACUGCACCCCUGCCUGACACAAAAAUCACAGAUCAUGCUCCUCAUUGAAGCAGUCGAAUAUUUUUCUGAAGCAUCGCAGGAGUCGUCGUCUCGCAAGAGCAAUGCGCGCCAGAGGGGCACCGCGAACAAGUUGCCAUGGAAGAAGGUCGCCGAAUGGAUGCUCUCCCGCGGUGCAUCUUAUCCCUUCGCUGGUGCAACCUGUGCCAAGAAGUGGGAGCAGAUCCGUGAGAUGUCCUUCUAG